GGCUUUGUCGUAGUUGGCACCACUGUAGCCCGCUAUCUCCUGACUUCCCCACCGGGCAGCAGCACCUGUCUCACCAGCAUCCGCCUCGUCACGUGACCAAUAAAGCUACUCAGUUCUGAAUCUAAACCCACAGUGUGUAGACGACUUCUUUAUCCACUGCCAUCCUACAUCCCACUAACCUGAACACGACAUGGCGCAGUCUUAAGGAAAGAAAUUGCAGUGAACUUAGUGCUAAAAGUGUGAGUGAAGUGUCGUUCCUGUACAUCUGUGUGAUAAACCCUGUGAGUGGUCUGUGACCGUGACCAGUCAAAUGGCCGGCAUUUCGACCCCGGGUCAUGUGGACCUUCAAAACGGAAACAUCCAAGCCACAUGGGAGGCGUAUAAGCAGAAACUGGAUUUUUAUAUAACAUCCCUGGAGAAGGCGGGUGCGGACCCAACAGUGAAACACGCUAUCCUAAUGAGGGAAGCUGGACCUGAUGUGAUGGAUAUUUACAACUCUUUCAAGAGCAAAAUGAUAACAUACAAAGUGAACGAAGAGACACAGGAAAGAGAAGUCGACGUAGACAACUCCAAAAACUAUGAUUUGGUUCUGAAAGAGUUUGACAAAUAUGUGGCUGAGAAGAAAUGUGUCACCACUAGUCGUGAAAUCUUCAAUGCUCGGAAUCAGAAAAGAGGAGAAAGCAUCACAACCUGGGUAACCAGUCUCAGGAAUUUAAUUGCUGACUGCGAGUACAAGGAAGUGGAAGAAAGCAUGCUGAAGGAUCGAAUAAUCUGGGGAGUCUUUGAUGACAAACUCCGUGUCAACAUUAGAGCCAAGGCAAGCCUAAAACUGGAUGAGAUCAUCGAGAUAUGCAAGGCGGUUGAGGCCACUUCCAGAUACUCCAACCAGACUGAGCAGAAGGUUGCUGAGGUUGAUACGGCCCAGGCCUCGGGAUCUGGAUACAGACAGAAAACACACCAUUACAAUCAGAGCAGAAAUGCCAGCAGCAGCUCAGGAAAGAACUCUCGUGGUAACUGGGGACCGCAAAGACAGGCUCCAUACCAGAAACCUUCUCACUCUAGAAGUGAGCAGAAGUACAAAUGCCGUAAUUGUGGAACAUGGCAUUGUAAGAGGGAAUGCCCCGCCUAUGGAGCUCAAUGCAAAAUCUGUGGUAGAAAGAACCAUUUCACAAAAGUGUGUGAAACCAAGAACACUCACUCAUCCAACUCCAGGGACCAGAAGGUGAAGAAGUCAGUCGACGCAGUUGAGACCCUGGAUCUGGGCAGCGAGGAAGAGGAAGACUUGCUUCGGGGCGGCUGGAACUCAUCAGCUUCACAGUCUUCACCAGCUAAGUCACAGGCAACCGACGACGAAGGCUCGUCACCCAGGAGGCAGAGAUACAGCGGAAGAGAACGCGGUAUGGGCGACCUGUGAAGAAGCCCAGCUACUUUGGUCAAGGCGUGGAGUAACGCCAAGAAAUUACUUUAGUUUCUCAGUGUUUUGGAACCGACAAGAGGUUCAGAAGCUCAAAACACAGUGGUGUGUUUUUGUUUAUUUAAAACAUUCAAUUGUUCCUCGCGGGGCUCUUCAGAAGGGCCAACGACGAAAAGAAAAACCUUGUUUUGUAUAAAUUUGAAAUAAUAAUAAUUAUAACAAAUAUAAAGUACUACACUUUAGUUGGAAAUCGGUGAAGGAAUUGUAUGAAAAUCAUUCAUAACAUGAAUAAAUCAAAAUGAAAACUACCUGACUAGUCAUGUUUUUCAACACCCUGAAGGGGGGAGGUGUCGUAGUUGGCACCACUGUAGCCCGCUAUCUCCUGACUUCCCCACCGGGCAGCAGCACCUGUCUCACCAGCAUCCGCCUCGUCACGUGACCAAUAAAGCUACUCAGUUCUGAAUCUAAACCCACA